CACAAGGAUAGUUUCCUAACGAGAUCGCCGAAGCUGUCGCUCUCGGAGAUGACUGGGAUGUCGGGAUGGGGCUCCGGCCAGUAUGGGGUGGAGGGCUGGGACGCCAUGCUCAGGGCGAGCACUGCACUGGGAAGCAGAGAUCUCGAGCACAGAGGAGUGGUAGUAAGUCCUCAGGCAUGGCCAAUGUGUCGAUGAAGCGGACCGGUUUUUUGUGGUGUGUGGUGGAAGUCGCGACGUCGGGAAAGCUUGGCGUUUUUCCUGUUCCGCAAGAAUAUCGUCAUCCAGAUUCCUACUCUCUCCCAGUGUUGCUCCCUCAAUGUUCGGUGCGCCAUGGCCCAUAGUGACAAUUAUGUCAACGGAAGGCUGCGGCUUUCUGCGUUCCUUCGUAUCGUGCAGAAUAUUCCUCAGCGUCGACCUCUCCGAAUCAGGCGACGGGUUCCAAACGAGAAUUCAACACUAACUUCAAUCGCAGCUCCUGCUUUAUCAACGGAAGCGGAGCAAUCAAAUGAGAUAGAUAAAGGCACUGGAGUUGCAGAAUCCCAUAUGGUGCAACCAGCAACACUCUCGGACCACCAGGCGGAAGCAAGCCCAUUUGGCAUAUUACCUUCAGCAGCACCACCAGAGCGGGGCUCACCACGUCCGCAUUUUGAUGUUCCAGUGAUUGAACAAGUCUCGACGGUCGAAGUGGAAACCUCCGCCGUCUCCAGAACCCCAAGGGGAGACUUAAUCGUGUAUAGAGCCCAGAAGGGCAAUGCGGAUGCCCGUCUCAUUCCCAGUACUCGGCGGAGAAGGCUCCCUGUUAACGAACUUGCACUCGUGCGAACAACAACAGAUGAUAGCCUCUUUGACCGAAGUGAAGAAAUGCCAGAAACACCAUCCAUCACUGACACCGACCCCAUUGAAGACAGCCAGACUCCUCAGUCACAUUCCGCUGUUAAUCCCGCUUCAAGAGCAGAUCGUAAACACAGGCCUCUCAUCAGUCUUUCGACUCCGUCUUUAGCUAACAAAUCCCGCUGGAAGAUUGACAAGGCAAAGAAACAGACCAACACGCCGGGCGCCAGGUUGAUGCCUUCUCACGGUAGUCUAUGGGGCCUCAGUGCAGACGGUUUUAUAGCUUCUGAAUUGGAUCUUCCGACGAGAGUCCAGACAAAACGAAGGGCGCCUUCGCCUGAUAAAGCAAGGGCGAGCCGGAAAGCAGUAUUGAUUCCAGCGCCAGUCGGGACUUUGGAGCUGAGAAGCGGUGCCCUCCCAAGCCCGUCUCAGCUACCGGAGCAGCUGCCCCCGCGAACAGAACUGGCACGAAUUGAUGAUAUCUCGUCCGACGACGACUACACCAUACCCCGACCUUCACUGGAAGGGACGUGGUUAUCCUCACAACCUCGCCGGCUGCGAAGGCGCACAGAAGACAUCGUCACAGCGCAACUAUCCGCCGUCACAGCACCAACCAGACCCAGCACCGACUCUGAUCAGGAAGAAGAAGCCGAUGAUAUGGAUGAUGAAGCAGUCUCCACCGCAACCGAAAUUCUCGAAGCUGGAUCCCACGAGAGCGAGUUACCCGACUGCGAUGAGGAAUUUGGCAUCCAUCCACCUGACGAACAUGACGACAGCGGUUUCUGUGAGGACGAUGCCUUAUUUCAGGCACUCCGCUCUCAGACUGUGGUGUCGGAUUUCUGGGAGCACUAUGGGGGUGACAUGGACUGACUUCUGAAGCUACACAGUACAGGAAUAUCUUAAUGAGUGCUUGACAUGCGUGGGUACAUCCAGAAUAUUUACAACAAACUCUGCAUAUCUAUUAAAUUUGUAUUGCUAGGAAUAUCGACCACCAAAUUAGAUCAAGCCCCUACUUAGAAAUGCUUUCACAGCUUCCUCUGGGCUCAAUUGAUGUAUUCAACGACAUUGCACAGUACGGCUCGC